AUGCAGGGACAACACCACCUGCCACACAGUAUCAAAUUUGAUCUAAGCCGUAGUGUGAGCAAGAGCGAAGCCGGCCAAGACGGUGGCCACGAUCAUUACGACGAUGCGGUUACUAUUUCCAGUCCGAUCCUCAACAACGCGUUCCCAUUUGGCGCCUCUACAUCUCCUGUUUUGUCUUCAAUAACGAACACGCUCGAUCAGACGUUGAGAUCCAAAGGUAUCACUUCCAACACCGAUCUGGGUGCACCGCUGCCGCAGAGUACGAUGUCGUUAUUGCCUUUAACACCGAAACUCUCGCUCCUGAACACUCAAUCGGCGGCUCUUCCGCAAGAAGGCGCGUCUCGGACUUUGGCAUCCCUCAGUACCACUCGUGACUUUCCUGAAUCGAUUGCUCUGAGAAUUGAUGGUACGUCUUCAAAUUUCCGACCCAACAUCUGUACAUUACUCUGAACAUCGCUGAUAUCAUGGUGUGGCGGGCUCCACUUGCUCAGUUUCGACCGUCGAUGCACGAUCUCCCUCCGGCCACUUAGUGGUGGGCGCGGCGGUGCGAAUGACGCCCUCUGUCCCCAUCAACUUCAUAGCAGGAGCAUGUCGUUGUGUUUAUCUUCAGCAUGUGCUCGACGAGGUUGCUGACGAGCUCGGAAUUGAUCUGCAAGGUAUGCAGGACAAUCAUAGAGUGAUUCACCUAAUGACUUGCCUGCAGAUCGCUGACGAACUCCUUCCAAUGCAAAUCUUCAGACGACUCCUGCUUUGAUUAGACGAUUCGGACGAAGAUUUCUUUGCUCUUCAAUUGACGCAAUCAAGGCAGCGGAGCUCAUCCGGUCAUGUCGAAUCGUGCAGCACGACGGGGCGCCCGGCUGACCGCUCCACAAAACCGAAGGAAGCUUCCAUUUCCAAAUCGCGUGCCAAAUCUACGGGCCGCCCAUCGAGCGGCGCGGCGCGAUCAAUACGACCGACUCCUCUUUCAGUGAGGGCGCUCAACGAGUGGACGGAAGAGAGGUCGAGAUGUACGUAUUUGACUGCUCAAGCGCGGAUCUGCCAGGUAAAACCUACCCGACUCAAAGCGGUAUCUCUCUUGCCUCCCAAUUCUUGCGCUAUUGGAAAAGCCCCAAUCGUCUGGUAAGAACUACCGUGUACCUCGGAAACGGAUGAUCGCCGCCUUAGGGAAGCCGGAGUCAGAAUUAGCGGUGGCACAUGUCCAGCCUGUGCCAAAUUCGGCAUUCGCGCCACCCAAAGCUGCCGACUCCAAGUCCUUAUCCACAUCGCAAGCAAGCUUGGGAUUAUCUCCGCCGAAGGCAGUGUCGAGCUCGACGCCCCUCGAACUCCAAAGCAGCACGAUUGCCACACUCCACGAAGACUUUUGGCUUCGAUCCGAGCAGCAAUGCAGCAAACGGACUGGCAUUGUCCAAGGUCCAUGGCAGUCCAAGGUCCAUGGAUUCCUGCUGGCUUGAUUCGGCCUUGGUUGGCUUGCUCUCGGUCGCCACCGGGCUGAAAGAGUGGCUAAUGCACAUGGACUGCCUCUUUAUCACCAACCCUCCAUGUGUGCCAAGCUGGAAAUGGAGGAGACAUUCGCACUUCAAGGUCGGACACUGGCCCUCGAGAUCUGGAGCCUCAUUCGCAAAUACACGCAGCUAGCCUACGACUAUGAUUCGAAACCCGUAAAGGAUGCAUCCGAUGCGUACUUCGAGCUGCGCGAGCGGAUUAUCAGCUUGGUGAUCGUCUUAUCAAAUGAAAGUAAGAGUGAUUAUACAACUCCGCUCAAGCGAGGGGAAUACAGCAACCCAUCGGUCAGUCGAUCAAGAUUCUUUUGCUUACCAUAAAUCCACAUUGGGCUGAUCGCUCUUGUCGUCCGCAGAGCUUGCUCGUGUCGCUUUACACCUUUACGGUCGACCACAUACCAACACCAAUACCGCGGGAUCACUUGCCAACCUCGUCGGCCCGAGUUCAGAUCGAAACCCACUUUCAGCGAGCCGGUUAUUGCUCGGCUUGUCAGUGCGUACAAAUUGAGAUCUUGCCAAGACGACACUUCAUCGUCGGCUGGCCCGUCCUACUAUCGAGCCUAAACCUUAGCGAGCCAACUCUGUCGGAGGUAUUUGGCUCACUUGUUGGGCAACCAGCAAUGGUGGACGUAGAGAAACAAAAUAAUGGGGGUCGUUAUCACAAGAGCGAUUGCAUGGGACGCUCUUACACGCAGAUCGUCUCGAUCACCUCGCUUCCUCGUGUGCUUGUAAUCAACAUCAACAACCAGUAUCCUCGCCACGAGCAACCCCCGCGUGAGCUUCGCUUGGCUGUCUCGGGCCAGAUGGAGCUCGUCUGGUCUCUUCGUUCAGAGGUGCGCCACAUUCUCAGCGGUGAGCAUUUCGCUACGGAUGCAAUCGUCGGUUACGGGGAAGAGGCGGCUCGCUACCACUUCGACGCAAUGCGCGGUCAUCUCGCUUAUCCAACCGGCAACAGGACCACCAACGGAUUGGUGACUAUGUUGUUCUACGAGCUAGAACAUGAAUCAUAUGACUUGCUACCUUCGUUCAAUGCGCUGCUGGACCAGCAAUGGCACGAGCUGUGGGGCCUAUACUACGACUCCGAGGCACCUUCCAUCCGAAGUGUCGACAAUGCCUCUGGACGGGUCCUUUGAUGAGGGAAAAGGGGUUUGGAAGAUGCAAGACGCUUCCGUCUUGUUCGAGGGCUUCAAAUCGGUGAGUUAGAGAACCUUUGAUGUAGCAAUGCUAAAAACCACUAAGCGUGAUAGGUCUGUCUCAAAAAUUGCAGCGUUGUGAUCUUCUGGGCCAGCUUUGUAGUAGUGGGCGCUCCUGCCAAUGA